AUGCCCAUCCAGCGGACUACGUCCGUGGCUAUUGGUAUCAUACUAUGCACCAUUACCGUCUACUUCCUCCUUGGUCCUGAAUAUACACCUCAUUUAAAUGCCACUUUUUGGAACUCUCAGAAGGGUGCUCUUACGACAAACAACACGAUCAAUCUGACAGAGGCCCAGCUGGCAGAUAUCCAUGCAUUGAAUCCCACUUUGAGCAGUGCAUCGCCUUACAGGCAGCGUCUAGCACUAUUACACCCCAAAAUGCCAGGACAAGGAAAAGCCCCUCAUCCACACCUUGGGAUCGCCUCAAAGAUCGUGGUAAUUGGCCUUGAGCGCCGGGUCGAUCGGCGAGAGCAUAUGGAACGCAUUCGACGUGCUAUGGGGCUUGAAUUUGAGUGGUCGAAUGCGAUUGACCUUUCAGACCCCAGAGUUGCUGAAAUCCUGGAACGCGUAAGGUGGGCUCGCGAAGAAAGCCGCGAAGGCCUAGAAUCUCUUAUCCCCGAACUUAACUUUGCGUGGUCGGACGAGGUUGAAGAAAUGUUUAAACACGGUAUUCCAAAGGAUCCUAUUGGCAUUGAAUAUGCCGAUAUCUGGUCCCUGCAUGAUGACCCUCGAUACGCCCAGUUACCCCCGCUACCCAAAGCUCCAGUUCCGGAUACAAGACCACCCCUUACACAUAUGGCAGGGUUCAAUAUCACUAUGCCUACACCAAUAUCGUUGGCUGCGGUCAGCUGCUGGUAUUCUCAUUAUCAGGUGCUUCGUUCUGUCGCUGACGGGCCUGACGAAUCUGUCAUCGUUUUCGAGGACGAUAUUGACAUGGAGUUUGAUCUCGAGAAACGAGCUCGCGAAAUGUGGCCCGCUCUGCCGGAGGAUUGGGACGUAGUAAUGCUAGGUCAUUGCCAGUCUCAUGAAUGGGGCCAUCCUAAACUCAAAUAUACACCUGCCCUUCAUCGUUCCACGCAUACAAUGUGCACCCAUGCCUAUGCUGUAUCGAAACGAGGAGCGCGUAAGCUCGUUCGCUUCCUUCGAAGUGAACGCUUUGCGUAUUCACGGCCAAUCGAUCAUACCUUUAUUCACCUCGGCUACCAUGAACUUAUCAAGAUCUACUCGGUUCUGCCCGCAGUCGUUUUGCAAACCAAAGAUAAUCCUUCCGACAUUGUUGCAGGCACAGGCGGGUUGAAAACAGAAUUUUUGGUAGACAGUGUGUUGGAACGUAUUAAAAUGGUGGAAAACAACAGGAUCUUCAUAGCGAGCCGGCACAUUGGGAGCCUGGAAAGGACCAUCUUAGAUUAUGACUGGCGCGACCGAUGGAAACUCACCAGACAUACCAAAGCUUAUCUGGUAUACUGA